CUCAAGGCAAAGGGGCUGUGACAAGCUUUGCUGAACUGAUAACUUUAAAAGGGCAUCUUCUGCUGGCUCCUCACUCCAUCGCUUUAUCGCUGCAAGUGACAGAAUGGGGAGGGCCCCAGCCUCCUGCGUUCUCAGAGAGCUGGGGGGCUAUAAAAACAGGAGGCACUGGGCAGCUGGGAGACAGUGACGAGCAAAAGCUGAGAGAGAAACCGGAGAGGAGCGAGCAGAGGCAGCAAGCAUUGGAUCGCGCCCCGACCCACGCCAGCAUGGGCUCCUUCUCCAUCACCAUGGGCUUCUUCUUCUUCCUGGCCCUUUGGCUUCCAGGCUACAUUGGAGCAAACCCUGUGUAUGGUGCAGUGUCCGACACAGAUCUGAUGGAUUUCAAGAACCUGCUAGACCAUCUGGAGGAGAAGAUGCCGUUACAAGAUGAGGUCGUGCCCCCACAGGCCCUGAGUGAGCAGAAUGACGACGCGGCAGCUGCACUUAGCUCUCUCUCUGAGGUACCUCCCUGGACUGGGGAGGUCAACCCACCUCAGAGAGAUGGGAGUGCCCUCGGGCGCAGCCCCUGGGACCCCUCAGAUAGAUCUGCCCUCUUGAAGAGCAAACUGAGGGCUCUGCUCGCUGCCCCUCGGAGCCUACGGCGGUCUAGCUGCUUCGGGGGUAGGAUCGACAGGAUUGGAGCCCAGAGCGGACUAGGAUGCAACAGCUUCCGGUACCGAAGAUAAGAGCCAGGGAGGAAAGCAGCCAGAUUCGCUGGGGCAGGUUGCAGAAGACCCUAAGCCCCCGCGGUGUGUCACGCAGCUUGGUCUCAUUGUCACUGAGGUGUGGCAAACACGCUGCUGGAGCCGCUGCUGUCUUCAGCUAUCACGACUAAAUGUAGACGAGUGGUUCCAGUGGGCUCUCCCUCCCCCUCCGCAUAUUAAGGUAGAGCCUCACCCCUUUCGGAAAGCAGUUGGAAAAAAAUUUUUUUGAAUAAACUUCAGCACCAAGGACAGAA